CAUUGUGUUCAUUUUGCUGUUAUUGUGGCAACAAAAAAAAUAAAUAAUGGGUGGACAUCACGGAGAACCCUAUACGGUGCCGCAUCCAUCAAUUUAUAAGGUGGAGAAUGUACCGCAACUGCUUCAAGUGAAAGAGGCGCUUGCCCGACAAGGCUUGAAUGAUCCAUGGCUGAGGAACGAGGCCUGGCGCUAUGAAAAGAAGGCAUUCGGCACUCACCGCUCUCGCCUGACCACAUUUAUGUUCCGUGGCCUCGGCGUCGGAUUUUGUGCAUUUCUGGCCACCAUCGCGGUGGAGUAUGCGCUCGGUAUUGGCAAGGGCCAGGGUGGACAUGGACACGGUCAUGACAGCGAACACGGUCACGAGGAUAAGAAGCAUCAUUAAAUUAAGUGUUUUAGUACAAUAAAAAUGCAAAUGCGAAUGCGCUUCGAUAUUUAAUGAUACGCUA